CGUAUUGUUCAGCCCUACGGUGCCACUCCCUCCCUGCCGCAGCAGGUUACGGCGGUGACGUCAUCAGAAUGACAGAUACUGACAGACAAAGAAUGGACCGCCGGGAACGUAUCUCGCCGGUGAUGUCACAGGAUACCAAUGUUCUGGGAAGUGAUCAGCGAUGAACAUGGAAUUGACCCUACUGGAAACUACGUUGGGGACUCGGAGCUGCAGCUGGAGAGGAUCAGUGUCUACUACAAUGAGGCGUCCUCACACAAGUACGUGCCUAGAGCCAUCUUAGUGGAUUUGGAACCAGGAACCAUGGACAGCGUCCGCUCCGGAGCUUUUGGACACCUUUUCCGACCAGAUAACUUCAUUUUUGGACAAAGCGGCGCUGGUAACAACUGGGCCAAGGGACACUACACAGAAGGGGCCGAAUUAGUGGACUCUGUGCUAGACGUGGUGAGGAAGGAAUGUGAAAAUUGUGAUUGUCUGCAAGGCUUCCAGCUCACACAUUCCCUGGGUGGGGGCACUGGCUCUGGCAUGGGCACCCUGCUCAUCAGUAAAGUCAGGGAGGAGUACCCCGACCGUAUCAUGAACACUUUUAGCGUAGUCCCCUCUCCAAAGGUGUCCGACACAGUGGUUGAACCGUACAAUGCUACCUUGUCCAUCCAUCAGCUGGUGGAGAACACCGACGAGACCUACUGUAUUGACAAUGAGGCUUUAUACGACAUCUGCUUCCGCACCCUCAAACUGGCCACUCCGACCUACGGAGACCUCAACCACCUUGUCAGUGCCACAAUGAGUGGGGUGACCACUUCCCUUAGGUUCCCUGGACAGCUUAACGCUGAUCUUCGCAAAUUGGCCGUCAACAUGGUGCCCUUCCCUCGCCUCCACUUCUUCAUGCCAGGCUUUGCCCCUCUGACCGCCCGCGGUAGCCAACAAUACCGGGCACUGACUGUACCUGAACUCACGCAACAGAUGUUCGAUGCCAAGAACAUGAUGGCCGCCUGCGAUCCACGCCACGGACGCUACCUGACAGUGGCGACCGUCUUCCGUGGACGUAUGUCCAUGAAGGAAGUGGAUGAGCAGAUGUUGGCCAUUCAGAGCAAGAACAGCAGCUACUUUGUAGAAUGGAUCCCCAACAACGUCAAAGUCGCCGUCUGUGACAUCCCACCGCGUGGCCUCAAGAUGUCUUCCACCUUCAUUGGCAACAGCACAGCCAUCCAAGAGCUUUUCAAACGCAUCUCCGAGCAAUUCACUGCCAUGUUCAGGCGUAAGGCUUUCUUGCACUGGUACACGGGUGAGGGCAUGGACGAAAUGGAGUUUACCGAGGCCGAGAGCAACAUGAACGACCUGGUGUCUGAGUACCAACAGUACCAGGACGCCACAGCGGAGGAGGAGGGCGAGAUGUACGAAGACGAUGAAGAGGAAUCUGAAGCUCAAGGAAAGUAAGAAACCCAUCUGAGAGCUGCCGAUUAGUGCCCCCCUUGCCCCCCCAAGGAUUCGGAAUCCCACUCUUAACCGCAUCACAUCUCGCUUCUGAGUUAGGAUCAUAGUUCCGAUCAGGAUCUCAACCUGUACCUUCCAUCUCCCUUAUUUAUUUUGCUCUCCGCUGCCAAAAGGAUCCUGCAGAAUUGAAUGUGCAACAGUAUGUUACUUGCCGAGGGAAACACGGAGCCUUCUGCUGGCAGAGUCUUGUGAUAUAUUGCGCACGACGUGCAUCACCUUGAGGGCCUCUGCGACAGUGAACCAACGUCAGGGGUGGAGGAGCACAGGAAGGAACCAAAUGGCCUAAAAUAAAAAUAAUUCAGAUUAACAGAUAGAGUCUGGCAGUGGUUAUAGGAGCAGAUAAAAGAAGUGAAUGUGUCCUGGUGAAGUGCAUGUGCCGCGCUAGGGAACGGAGGGAGAAUAAAGUGCUGUGGACGUCCAGCGGCCGAGACCUGGGUUUUGUUCUGUGUCUUCUCAUCUUUCUCAUGUACUGUCUGAUUCUUUUUUUUUUUUUUCUUUUUUUUUUAAC